AGAGGGAGAGGGAGAGCAGGGGGUUGGUUAUGUUAAAGCCCACAGGAAAGAGUUCUGUCAGAGGGAGGUUUGACAUUUGUGAUCUUGGAAUACGUCUCGGAGCCAAUAACAAACCACCAGAAGGGAACACAAACAUCUCAGACUCCGUGGACCGUCAUACAGGGAUGGAUCACAAAAUGUCUCAGAAGUGAUUCCCACUCAGCCUCCACCUGAAAAUUCUGGAAAUGAAUCGAGGGUCCACUGCCUAACGCUUCUCCUGGGAAUUAACCAGCAACACUGUUCUCUUGACAUUGAUUUCCCAGGAAGGAGUCCGCCAUGAUCUCCACGACUCUCCGCUGGAUUGCUCUGUUGUCGUUUAUUUUUUUGACCAUUGGUGGCAACGCGCUGGUGUGCCUGGCUGUAGGGUUCAGCCGUCGCCUGUGGCGUGUUGCUAAUUGCUUCGUGGUAUCACUGGCAGUGACGGACCUCCUGCUGGGCCUGCUGGUGCUGCCCCUGACUGCGUCUGUUGAGCUGCGCGGUGGCAAAUGGCCGUUCGGAGGAACCCUGUGUAAUAUUUACAUUUCACUCGAUGUCCUGCUGUGUGCAUCCUCUAUCCUGACCCUGAUGGCAAUCAGUGUGGAUCGAUAUCUGGCUAUUUCGGCGCCACUUAGCUACUCCAGGAGGGUGACCCCUGUAAGGGUGACUGUCGCCCUUGUUUCCAUUUGGUCUCUGUCCCUUGCUGUGUCUUUUGUGCCCAUCCAUCUGGGCUGGAACACUGUCGACUACAAGGUCCAGCAUUCGGAGUGGGGCAUAUGGGACGAGGACACGGAUGGGCGCUACUGUCAGUUUGAAUGGAACAACAACUACGUUCUGUUUUAUGUCUUUGUGACAUUUUACCUGCCUCUCCUGCUCAUGUCUGGGAUGUACCUGUGUAUAUUCAGGGUGGCAAAAGAACAGGUGAGGCGAAUUCGUGCGACCACACCUUCGUACCCCGGCAUCUCAUCAACCGCUGCCAUCACACGUGAGCACAAAGCCACGGUGACUCUGGCGGCCGUACUGGGGGCGUUCAUCAUCUGCUGGUUCCCCUAUUUCACUUUCUUCACCUGCAAAGGCAUCAAGGAGAAGACCAACCCCCCUAACCCAGUCCACUCAGUGGUGCUGUGGCUGGGCUACUUUAAUUCAGCCCUCAAUCCCAUCCUGUAUCCGGCUUUAAACAGAGACUUCCGCAGAGCCUACGGAGAUCUCCUUCGCUACAAACUCAACCAUCACAAGAAACUAUCGUUUACGUGUGUGUCCUUGCGCAAAAGAGCGCCCCUCUUGACCGGACAAGUGGUAUCACAGCAGUCGGAGAAACACACAGAUAAAGUAAAGUUAAACUUCAUGACGACGACUCAGAUGAACCCGUGUGAAAAUCACGUUGUUUAGCUGGACUGUUGAUGUUCCUGCCUUUUAAUAACAAACCAUCAAACCUUUCUUUUCUGGAUCACUUAGUUCGUUCCUUCAUGUUUCCGCAGCCAACAGGAUUAAUGUUAAACCCACGCCAAAACAUUGAGGAUGAGUUAAAGUAUGAGUUAAGAAAGAUAAGGUUAAAUACUAAAUGGUACUUGUUUUGUACAUAAAACGUAAGCCUGAGAAAAAUGACAUAUCUCUGACAUUUUUUUUUUUUUAAGCAAUCGCCACAAAAAAGAGAUAAGCUCGUUUCAGGCCGACCUCUGACAGGAAUGGAUGACUGAUAAAUGAAUGGGUGAUUUUCAUUGUGUGACGGCUAACGAUUCACAAAUUGUUUGUUUUCCAGUUCUGUCAAGGAACACACUAAGUGAAUAAUUGUACAGCAAGGGCAGUUGAUAUGUAAAUGAUGUGUACGUAUGAGUCAUGAAGACCAACACUACUUCUCGGAUACUCUGAAAGAGUAUCUACAGCUAGACCACAGUUAACUAGAACAGUGGUUCUCAAACGUUUUCUACUCUGUACCACCUGAGAAAACAUGGAGCUCUCUGAGUACCACCAUGAUGACCAACAUUAGAAUAUAGCAGCAUAGGCCUUCCCUGUUAGCUUCCACCA